AUGAUGGAAAUGUUCCAACAAGCUAUGAAACAAAAUAUGCCUCAGCAGCCACAAGAGGAAAUACCUCCUGAGGAUGAUAACGGAAUUCCACUUCCACCAGGAAUGACCACACAAGUUACAGAUUAUCAAAGUAAACAAGGCAAAAUUAAAGUUUAUGAAAUCAGGGAACGUAAUACAAACUAUAUCUUAUAUGGUACACUUGCUAAUAAUGUUCAAGGCCUUAUAUUUGCGUUUUUCUUCAAUUUUAUUUUAAUGGCAAUUAGACAAUUCUUCGAUUACUUAAGAAACGCAUUUAACCUCAUUAAGGAUGCCAUUACACAUCCAAGACUUACAAUUGAACAAAGACUCAUCCUUGUUGCAGAAUCUAUUCUAUUUCUCGGUUUAGCUAUAUUCAAGGCCUACAAAUGCGGAUUUAUAGGAACAGGACCUGUAAAAGAAGUACAUAACCCAGCUACACCUUUUAUUAUUAGAAUUGCAUGA